AUGGUAUUCAGCGAAGCUGCCAGAAGGGAAGAAAUGCUACUUAAAAUAAAAGAAGAAGUUAAGAAGCAGUUUGAUGUUGGCUUUCUUCAGGUGGCCAAAUAUCUGGAGUGGGUGGAUAAUAGAGUUCUAGUGCCAAAGAAUGAAGGAAAGAAUAAUUAUGGAACAUGGGACGAGGACUGUCGGAUCACUUUCGAGAAAAUAAAAGAGUAUUUGUCUCACACUCCUGUUCUAAUGUCUCCUAUCCCAAGUAAGCCUUUGUUCCUUUGCUUCUCCAUAUUUGAGAAAUCAAUGGGAUGCGUCAUGGGACAACAUGAUGAAUCAGGGAGGAAAGAAAGAGCCAUUUACUACCUAAGUAAGAAGUUCACCGAAUGUGAAGCCAGAUAUUCACCCAUUGAUAAAGCUGUAAAGGGAAAUGUCAUAUCUGACUUUCUAGCCAGGAGAUCGUUUGAAAACUAUGAACCAUUGGUCUUCAAUUUCCCAGAUGAAGACUUGAAUGCCAUAUAUUUAGAAGAAGCAAGUAUUUCCACAUGUAACUCUUGGAAAAUACAUUUCGAUGGUGCAUCAAAUGCGUUGGAGCAUGGUAUUAGGGCUAUUUUGGUCUCACCCAAAGGAAAUCACUAUCCAUUCACUAGCAGAUUGAAUUUUGACUGCACUAACAACAUGGCAGAAUAUGAAGCUUGUGUUUUAGGGAUUCGAGCUGAUAUUGGACAUAACAUAAAGACUCUGAGGGUAUAUGGAGAUUCUGCCUUAGCGAUAUAUCAACUCCGAUGA